AUGUCACGGACCAACCAAUGUCAGUCAGUCAGUCUGGCUCUCUCUCUCUCUCUCUCUCUCCGGAGUUCACCGCCUAUGCAACUCGCACUCUCACUCAGUCCUGUCAACCUGUCGAAAAUGGCGUACUGCUUAUGGCAUCUUACUGUAAGGUUAGGUAGUCCCAGCAUGCAUUACUGCCGGCAUGAUGACAUUGGAUCGAGCCGUAAUAGGCUGUCAGGUCGGCAUUUAGCGGUUCCAGAUUGUUGCAGGGAAGCUCGUGCAGAGUUACAGGCGUUGAUCCAAAAGGCAGCUUGCGAUCGGCCUCCAUGGAACCAAGGACAGCCCUUUAGGCAAUUCCAGCCCAUGCAGUCUGAACGUCAUAACACCUUGACAAAAAGGCAUCAUUCUCAAAAAGUCAGGGCACGCGACGUCCAAGCGGCCGACCAACCUCCCACCGGCCCCACGGGCAAAGAAGAAAACACGAACAAGACAAAUCAUGAAUCAUAG